AUGGCUGGGCAAGACCUACCCCAAACGAUGAAAGCAUAUGUCCUCGAGCAGUUCAAGACACCAUACGCAUUUCGCGAUGUUCCGGUACCCGCGAUCGAAGAUCCUCGGGACAUACUCAUUCGUGUUGACGCGGCUUCGUACUGCCACACCGAUGCUGUACUGGCAUCAGGCGACAUGCGCCCGCCGCCUCUUCCACUGAUAGGAGGUCACGAGUUUGCAGGAACCAUCGUCGCACUGCCUUCGGAAUACUCGCCUUCUCGUAACUUGAAGGUCGGUGACCGCGUCGCCGUGCCUGGACGAGGGCACCAUGUCUGCGGGAAAUGCCUGGAGUGUCAGCACCCAUCGGGUUCGGAUCCCGAUGAGCCAGGAUACUCCGUGUACUGCCCUUAUGCGGGCGGCGGCCUCGGCAUCGGCAAAGACGGUGGCUUUCGGGAGUAUGCACUUGUCGAUUCGAGACAGGUAGAGACGAUCCCAGACAGCAUGACGGCCGUGGAAAUCGCGCCACUGAUGUGUGCGGGACUGACCAUUUACUCGGCACUGAAGAAGUGCGAACUCCAACCUGGACAAAGAGUCGGCAUCAUGGGAUGUGGAGGAGGGCUCGGGCAUUUGGGCUUGCAGUUUGCCACCAAGAUGGGCUUGAAGACCACCGGCGUUGAUGUCGCGCCCCGGGCGCUUGAGCUCGCUCGCAGUCUAGAGACCGGCGCGGACAUUGUCGAUGCCUCGAAGGAGACCGCGGAAACUGUCAGGCAGAAGAUGGGCAAGGAGGAUGGAAGAGAGCAUAUCUCUGAGAUGGGACUUGAUGCGGUCUUGAUCUUACCGGAAAGUCAGAAGUCGUUCAACUACGGCGUAGACCUGGUCAGGAAUGGCGGUCUUGUCGUAGUCGUCUCGUUCCCGGCUGAAGGAUUCCAAGUCUCGGCGGCAGAUCUGGUCUUUCGGCGCAUAAGAGUGGAGGGCAGUCUGAUUGGUUCGAACAGGGCUAUGAGGGAUAUGUUCGCAUUCUGUGUCGAACAUGGUGUCAGGGCUAAGGUCAAGACGUACCCCUUCUCGAAGCUCAAUGAGCUUGUGGAAGACUACCAUUCUGGCACGGUGGGGAAACUGGUCCUUGAUAUGUCAAUGAAGAACUGA